CAUUCGCACUCAAAAUCAGCAAGAUCGGAAAAAUCCUUAACAUAUUUGCUAAACAGUCAUAAAUUACCUACAAUCAUAUAUACUCUGGAGAAAAUGCGCGGCCACGUAACUAACGAGAUGGAUGUCGUAGGAGCAUCAGCCGAUGAGAUUUGGGCUGUUUACGGUUCAAAAGAUCUUCCUAAGCUCAUCAUCACACUCCAACCCGGUGUUUUCGAGAAAAUCGAUUAUGUCGAAGGUGAUGGAGGUCAGGGAACUAUCUUACAUAUCGUCAUGGCUCAAGGAAUACCAGGGCCACAUGAAUGGAGAGAAAAAUUUGUAACAAUCGAUAAUCGAAGAAGGGUGAAACAGCUUCAACAGAUUCAAAAUGGAUAUCUUGAUCUUGGAUUUUCUUUGUACAAAGUCACGUAUGAAAUCUUACCAAAGGACAAGAAUUCUUGCAUCAUUAGGUCAACUGUCCAGAUUGAUCUUGAUGACAAGAAUUUCGAAGCAAAUGCUCGUCUUAUCACUGUUGAUUCUAUGUGGGGUAUGGCAAAAUCAAUUGUCAAAUUUGUACUUGACAACAAAGCUAAACAGUAGAAAGAUUUAAUGGGAUUAAUGGUCACCCUUUUGGUGUUUUUCAUGUAAUAAAAUGGAGCAUGUGCCUCCUUCUAAACAUCCUUCUUUCGUUAUUUCUAUUAAUUAAUCAAGAACGUAUUUCUAGAUUAUUGUCAA